AUGGUUCACCUCGCUACCGUCUCCACUCCCCCCGACUCGGGCUCCGAAGUCGAGGACUCCAACAGCCUGUCCAAGGUCAUGAAAACCCUCAAGAACGUCCAGCUCCAGCUCGCAGACCACGAUGAUUGCUACACCACCAGCGUCUAUGGCUCUCGCUUCGCCAACCAGGACCUCCCCAAGCGUGAGAUGCCUGAGAACGAGAUGCCCAAGGAAGUCGCCUACCGCAUGAUCAAGGACGAGCUCAGCCUUGACGGCAACCCAAUGCUCAACCUCGCAUCCUUCGUGACGACAUAUAUGGAAGAGGAAGCUGAGAAGCUCAUGUGCGAGUCCUUCUCCAAGAACUUCAUCGACUAUGAGGAGUACCCCCAAUCUGCCGACAUCCAGAACCGCUGUGUCAGCAUGAUCGGAAAGCUCUUCAACGCCCCUCUGGGAGAGGAGGGUGGCGCUGUCGGCACUUCCUGCGUCGGCUCGUCCGAGGCCAUCAUGCUGGCCGUCCUCGCCAUGAAGAAGCGCUGGAAGCUUCGACGUCAGGCUGAGGGCAAGAGCACCGAGAACCCCAACAUCGUCAUGUCCAGUGCCGUCCAGGUCUGCUGGGAGAAGGCUGCUCGCUACUUCGAGGUCGAGGAGAAGCUCGUCUACUGCUCUUCCGACCGCUACGUCAUCGACCCUGAGGAGACCGUCAACCUCAUUGACGAGAACACCAUCGGAAUCUGCGCCAUCCUAGGAACCACCUAUACGGGCGAGUAUGAGGAUGUCAAGGCUGUGAACGACUUGCUUGUGGAGAGGAAGCUCAAUGUGCCCAUUCACGUCGACGCCGCCAGCGGAGGUUUCGUCGCCCCCUUUGUUGUCCCGGACCUGGAGUGGGAUUUCCGUCUGAAGAACGUCGUAUCCAUCAACGUUUCUGGUCAUAAGUAUGGUCUCGUGUACCCCGGAGUUGGCUGGGUCGUCUGGCGUGCGGCCGAGUACCUACCCCAAGAGCUUGUCUUCAACAUCAACUACCUUGGUGCCGACCAAGCCUCUUUCACCCUCAACUUCUCAAAGGGCGCCUCGCAAGUCAUUGGCCAGUACUACCAGCUGAUUCGCUUGGGAAAGAAGGGCUACCGCGCCAUCAUGUCCAACUUGACCCGCACCGCCGAUUAUCUCUCCCAAUCGCUCGAGUUCCUUGGCUUCACUAUCAUGUCCAAGCGCUCGGGUGAGGGUCUUCCCCUCGUCGCGUUCCGCCUGCCUGAGAAGGAAGACCGGAACUACGAUGAGUUCGCGCUGGCCCACCAGCUCCGCGUCAGGGGCUGGGUCGUGCCCGCCUACACCAUGGCCCCCAAGACCAACGACCUCAAAAUGCUCCGCGUCGUCGUGCGCGAGGACUUUAGCAAAUCCCGUUGCGACGCCCUCAUCACCGACAUCAAGCUCUGCAUGGGCUUGUUGGAACAGAUGGACCAGGAAAGCAUCAAGAAGCAACAGGACUUCAUCCACAAGCAUCACCUCACCAGCUCACAGUCGUCCCAUAACCACCCAAAGUUCAGAAAAGAAAAGCAUUCCCUGCAGGGUAAGACUGGCAAAACGCAUGCCAUCUGCUAA